GCAAAAGCGUCGCUCCGGUGGGGCCCACCUGCAGCGAGCCGGGACGCAGAUCUGAGCUCUGAAUCGGCCGGCUCGGCUUCCUUCUUCCUUGAGGGCGGGAGCACGCCGCGACGAGUCCCAUGGAGAGAAAUGGCGGGAAGCCUUCGCCGGCGACGCCGCGGGCGGCGGCGGCGUGGAGGGACGCCGCCGUGACCUACUUCCACCUCCUCUUCUACAUCGCCAUUUCCAGCGGCCAGAUCUUCUUCAACAAGUGGAUCUUAUCCUCAAAAGAGAUCAAUUUCCCCUAUCCAGUGGCCCUAACUCUGUUGCACAUGGUCUUCUCAUCUGUAGUGUGCUUUGCUGUUGCGAAGGUUUUCAAGAUCAUAAAGAUUGAGGAGGGAAUGACUACAGAUAUAUAUAUCAGUUCAGUCAUUCCAAUUGGAGCAAUGUUUGCAAUGACACUUUGGCUAGGGAACAGUGCAUACCUCUACAUAUCCGUUGCAUUUGCACAGAUGUUGAAGGCAAUAAUGCCUGUAGCUGUGUUUCUCCUUGGAGCAGCAUUUGGCCUGGAAGAAAUGAGUUGUAAAAUGCUUGCUAUCAUGUCUGUCAUCAGCGUUGGAGUUAUUGUGGCUUCUGUUGGUGAAAUUACAAUUAGUUGGGUUGGAGUGGUUUACCAGAUGGGUGGAGUUGUUGCAGAAGCCCUUAGGCUUAUCUUCAUUGAGAUAUUUCUGAAGAAAAAGGGUGUCAAGCUGAACUUGAUAUCCAUGAUGUUCUAUGUUAGCCCUUGCAGUGCUGUGUGCCUCUUUAUUCCCUGGUUGUUCUUAGAGAAGCCAAAGAUGGAUGCUAGUAUUUCGUGGAACCUUCCGCCAUUUACAUUGUUUCUAAAUUGCAUGUGCACUUUCGUACUCAACCUGUCUGUUUUCCUUGUCAUAUCUCGGACUAGCGCGCUGACAGCUCGUGUUACUGGAGUUGUGAGGGAUUGGUCCGUGGUUCUGCUGUCGGCUGCUAUCUUUGCUGAUACACAGCUUACCUUCAUAAACAUAGUUGGUUAUGCCAUAGCCAUAGCAGGUGUUGUUGCAUAUAACAAUCACAAGCUCAAGGUGAAACCUCAAGCAAACCAGCAGCAGGGUGACGAGAACAAAGUCAGUACAGGCAGCCCUCGAGACGUUGAGCCAUUAAUGAACUCUACAAAAGAAGAUUCAUAACAUCCAAAGUAGUGAGGUUUUGAUACGAUUUCUUCAGGGAAGGAGAAGCGAGCUCUCGCUUUUUGCUGAGUAGGCCAGCCUCCUCGGACAAUACAUUAUUUUUCUUCCUGCCAAUAGUCAGGGAAGACAUUUUGUACAAUGACGCUCAAGAAGUCCAGGCAUUACCAUACCAUUUGUACCAUUGUUGCUCAAAACGGUGGGAGCACAUCAUACAGAUCAAUUAGGUUACGUAGAAUUGUUUUAUUUUGUCGUUUAAACUGUUGUAGCAAUUCACAGGUGCUCCAAAAGAUGCAGCCCUGAAUCGUUAUCUGUACUUUGUUUUUGGGAGAUCAUGCGAACUAAGGUGUGCCCAUGUAUGAAGUAUGUUUGGAAGGACAAUUUAAUUUUUGACAGAGCAAAGAAUGUGAUGUAUGUAAUCCAUUGAAUUCA